AGGACGUACAUCUGGGCCUUGCGCCACCCGCCCGCGGCCCCGCUCGCCUGGCCAUCCUCUCGGGCCACUACCUCUACUAUCACUAUGGCUGCGACGGGGCUGGGGCUGCGGAUACCGAACUCUGCAGACGCUGUGCUCGUGGCCACAUGGCCGGCCCGUGGGUGUUCCCGGAUUGAUGGACGUGCAGGCCGCGUUGGAGGACAUGGGUGACAAGCCCCCUGGGUUCCGCGGCUCCAGGGACUGGAUCGGCUGUGUAGAGGCCAGCCUCUGCCUCGAGUACUUCAGAGGACCCCAGGGGCGCCUAUGCCACGUUCCCCGUGGAGCUGGGCUUCAGGGGGAGCUGGAGAGACUUCACUCCCACUUCGCAGGGGGCGGAGGGCCUGUAAUGGUUGGGGGGGAUGCGGAUGCCCAGUCGAAGGCCUUGCUGGGAGUCUGUCUGGGGCCGGGCACCAAAGCCUUCGUCCUGGUAUUGGACCCUCACUGCUGGGGUGCUCCAAAAAACCCCACUGAACUACAGAUUGCUGGGUGGGUGGGCUGGCGAGAGGUGAGCACAACAUUUGACUCCAAGUCCUUCUACAACCUGUGUUUGACCAGCCAUAACUCUGAAAAGCAGCUGCCUCCGCAGGACUGAGACGUUCCCAAAACAGGACUGUCUCCGGCCCCAAACACUCUCAAGGGCAGAGGCUUAGAGACUGCAGGAUGCCAGGCCCCCAGGAAGUCCCAGUAGAGCCUGGAAACUUUGGCAUCAAUAAAGUGACAAGGCCCGGCU